AUGUCCUCCGCUGGUUCAUUGACUGACAAUAUCUCUAUCCCUGCUCAAGAAUGUACAAUGUGGGUCCAGAAUGCUACUUCACAAUUACUUUCAGAAUCUGAGUUCUUAUGGUUUGGUUUGGAUGUAUUGUACAACUGUGUCCUCAAUGGUCUUAUCAAAAAUAGUCAUAGCAAAUCUUAUUCCAAGUUCUUCACCAAGGAAUAUGGCCUAAUAUACCGCCAGAUGGUCAGAAUGAUGAAUCAAAUUCUUCAACAUCCAUAUCACGGUCCUAGGGCUGCAUGUCUAAAACUCAAUGGCACUGAGAAGACCAAACACACUCAUCUACAAAUCAUCCUCGACUAA